GAGAAGCGCUGGGUGGUUUCGAAAUCGCGACCAGCUGACUCCUGUCAAAUGAAGAUGUUGCGUUUUCACCCAAAUCAAUUUCGUGUGAACAGAGGAAGAUGGCAUAGUGAAGCCAUUUGACAUUUAGUAGUGUCAUGGUCACGGUAGUAAACGCUGAUUGAAAAUAACCGACUGAUUUUUUGCGUUUCUAUUAACACGCCGAACGAAUAACUAUAUUGGCAAGGAGCCAAAAAUUCAUAAGAACAUUGCAUUUAAGUCUUGGUUAUAUACUGCAAAACGUUCUAAUAUAUAAAGGCAGCCCAGUUGAAGACGUAGAUUACAACGACUGUUUUUAUUAGCACUCAAGAUUGUUCUUUUUGCCUUAGUUUGAACAACAAGAUUUCCAAAUCCACUUUCUACUGCAGCGUGGGCGGUUGCUUUCUUACCAUAAAAGUUUGAUCGGGUGAAAAUCGACGAGAAAGACAUAGACGGUAAAUUCUCCAGCUGUGAGGAAAAUCUGUGACUAUAUGCUGAAUUGGCCAUCGAUCGACAUAUAUGUAUUGUCGAUGUUUGUGCAUUAGUGAGCUUAUGAAAAAAGUGAUGAAAACUCGAUUAACAGUAAAUUGACGGUAAAUUAAGAUUACUUGGCAGAGGGAAGAACCAGGUUGAUUUAUGUUAGGCUCAUACAUUUCAUCUUGAGUAUUUUUUCGUCUCGUGCAUUUUAAUCCUCGCCCGUGUCGAAGACCGUGUCAUGGCUUUAGCAAGGAGAGGUCCGCGGUGAUUUGAGACCUCAAGUCCCUUUGUAGCCAUGGACGGUAAGCGGUCCUCAGGCGGCAGUGGGAGUAUAAAGUCUACAGGUGUAAUGACCGGCGUGACUAUUUCGCCUAGUUCGGCUGUUCAGCAAGUGGCCUUAGUGGAAAAACUGAUCGGUGGCCGGGGAACUGCUGAGGUGAUAGCAGCUUCAUCAAACGUAUCCGGAACAACUACAACAUCGAACACGACCUUUUCUGGAAGCAGUCAUAAUAGCAGUAUGAGCAAGACGGUCAUGCACUCAAACGGAGAUCACCGAUCGCCCAUUGAGCGAGCUGACACCAGUGGCAACCUUCAAAUUCCUUAUGAUGACUUUGUCUUUGAGAUAGGGUCUUUGGUGGGGGUGAUGUUGCCGCCCGAAACGGUGGGGUCCGGUCGGCCUGGAUCGGAAGGUGUUGGUAGUAUGGCGUACGGUGUCGUCAGAUGGACCGGUUAUAUAAAUGACGAGCCGAUGCUUGGGUUGGAAAUGGACGAUUACGGCUUUCAAUCAGGAUAUUUACACGACGCAUGGUACUUUGAAUGUGAGCAGGGCAAAGGAUUGUUUGCCCGUCCAGAGCAGUGUGUGCCCGAUGAGCGCAUCCAACAGAUGGCGCUUCUGGAUGAAACUCCACACCAUGACGCUCACGAUAAUCAACUGUUGAACAUGGUGUACGAUCCGCUUCCUGGAGACUUUCCGCCUCUGUUUAUCAUUGGUACCAAAGACCUUUCCCAUCUUGUCGGCCGCUGUAAGGGUAUCCAGGGCCACCACAAUUCAUGUUAUCUCGAUGCCACUUUGUUUGCUAUGUUUACGGCAACGUCUGUAUUCGAUUUUAUUAUCAAUCGACCACGUGAGGACGGUGACAUUCCAGAAUACGACCAAGUUCAAAAAGUCUUGAAAGAGGACAUUGUAAAUUGCCUUCGGGCUCAUCGCUUCGUUGGUGCCGCACAGGUGAUGAAGUUGCGUGAACUACUUGACAAGUUAGGCUCUGUAUCAGGUCUCACUUGUGAGGAAAAGGACCCCGAAGAGUUCUUAAAUUGUUUGACCCAAAUGCUGCAGGUGGAACCAUUCUUACAGCUGAGUUCGGGCCAAUCCGCGCAUCUAUACCAAUUGUUUGUUGAAAAGGAUGACGGUCUAGGCAUUCCAUGGUUUCAGCAGAUACUGGAGCAGAGCUUUUUCCAUCAAGACCUAAAAUUACGGCAACUUCCAUCUGUUUUCAUUGUUCAGAUGCCGCGUUUUGGACGACAGUUCAAGGUGUAUCCCCGAGUUAUACCGAGCCUUCAGCUAGACAUGACAGACCUGUUGGCAAAUUCGCCACGGCCAUGUCACGUUUGCGCGGGCCUCGCACAAGUCGAAUGCCCUGAUUGCUACACGCACGUAAAAGCUAUUGAACGGAGCACUUUCUGUGACGCCUGUUACAAUCGGACUCACUUAAGGAUGCCAACGCAUCGGGGCAGUGCUAAGCGGCGUCUGACUGUUUCCGCAGGAUUCCAAGACUUCUCUUCGACGAAACAUCUUCCGCGUCAUUUUAUGGAGCUAUUUGCUUUGCUGUGUAUUGAGACGAGCCAUUACGUUGCAUUUGUAAAGUGUGGCCACCAGGCAACAAGCCCAUGGGUAUUCUUCGAUUCAAUGGCAGAUCGGCAAGGUCAAAAUAACAUCCCUGAGGUGGUCAGCUUUGAUGAAAUUUACGAAUGGCUAUCGCCAGAAAGACUCGAAGCUCAUCCUGAUGAUCGCAGUCUUCCGCCACUCGUAAAGAAGAUUGUCGCCGACGCAUACAUGUGCCUCUAUCGUAGCACAACAGUUGCUAUGUACAAUUGACAAGCAGUUGUUACAUCGACUUCUGCGGUCUUGCAGAAGACGAUAUGAAAUUUGGGUUUCCAACAGUUCAAAAACAAGAGGAAGCUGACGACACACCCGUCACCAGAAAAAGACAUUACAUCUCGAUGACGCUUGAAGUAACUUUCGAAUAACCUAUAAAAAUAGGAAAAUAGGUCAACAAAUAUAGAUGAAAUAAUCCAAAUCUAUUACAAGUUGGGUUUGGCAAGAAACAGUUAUAAAUUGAGAUUAUAUGGGGAACCAAGAGUGCCACAGGUCUGAGAGUAAUCUUUUGCACCUCGAGGUGCAUCUAUGUAUCUUAAACGAAGAAAUAUUGUAUGAUACGAAAACGAAGUGACGGUGAUGCUUCACUCAGCUGGAAUGUUUCAGUCCUGGACAAAAAAUUGCGUUUCAUACUGAAGCUCUCGAUGCUAUCAGGCGAGAUGGGUAAAAUAGAGGUUCAAAAUCAUAUUGAUUCACACUAAAAUAGUGUUUUUAAGUAAAGAUUUGUUUUUCCGAUACUAGUAUAUUAUUUUAAAUGAACGGUUCCUUUCUUAACAAGAAUUUGAUACGUAUAAUAUAUAAUAUCUUUUAAAAACCAUAAAAAUAGCUAAGUUUAGCGAAGCUAAUAAUCCCUUAAUUGUAAAAUUUUGGCUUUAAAUAAAUGUCUGCUAAAUGACGGCACGCAUCUACCUCGACGUAUGAAUGGUUCGAUUUUAACAUCCAGUACUGCGGUUUGUGUAUGAAGUACGAUAAACCUAUUCGAUUUCUUUUGUUUCUCUGGUGCAAUAUCUACUAUUUCCGAAGGUAAUAAAUUCGUCUAAUGAUUUGUUGUUAUCAGUGAAUAAUACCUGGUCAAGACAUGUACUGUUGUUGCUGAAAAGAUGAUACCUAUAGCUUCUGCGAACUGACUCAUAAUUGAGCGUUUCGAUUCGUCAUAAUUUAAUGGGAAAUUUGUAAAAAAAGUGCAAGUUGACAAACAGCAUAGCUCUAAGUUACGCAUUUGACCCCGGGCCUAGACGAACCAGUUAAAGACGGCUCCGAGAUUAGGCGUGUGUCGCGGCCCCUCCAAUUGUACGAGGAGGGUUGACGUAAGAUCUGUGAAGAACUUAUAUGGUUUAGAUGUCAUGCAAGUCUAAAUAAUUGGUGAGCGCAGGGCAUAACCGUAUAGACGGGGGCUUUAUCCAAAAAAUAACACAUCAAAUAGUCUUCCUUAGAUUAUUUAGAAUAGAUACCUGCGGAUGCGUAUAGUGCUAUCGUCAAUUUAGUGUCGCUGUGGUAGCUACACGAAUAAUACUUAAUACCAAAUGUCAGUGCAUCAUAUCAGACUAAGGUCACGUGCUCAGAAGAUCGUUCCUUGAUACGAAGUUUUUCAGAGAGUAUGACAGUUUACUUGUCAACUCAGUUGUUAUAUGGUUUAUAGUAUAGCUAUGUAUAGUACAGCUUUGACUGAUACAGUUGAAUUGCAUUUCUUUGCUUAUAUAAACAUAUAUGUUUAAAUUUUUUUUGAACGAACGAAAUUACGGUGUCUCGUUUUAUGAUAUGCAGAGUUUCUGAUAAAGAGCGUUUACCAUAAAAAAAAAAAAAUGUUAUUAGGUCCUAAUAUACAUAAGAAGCAAUCCGCCUGUGAACCUUUCCAUAUUAUGCAAUGAGUUUAUAGUGCCACCAGUGUAAUUUCCUCUAACCUCCUUAUGGUUUGUCUUAGACCUAUGGGAGGCACAUGAUAAUUGCGUUCAACGUAAGUGUAAAUAGCUUGUAAUCGUUGGCUGUGCCGUCAGACACCCCUUUCCUACACAGAUAUUCAGAUGUACAGUGUAAUCUAGAAUUAAAAAUACCUAGUUCGGUUGUGUAUAUCUAAGGUCGUUGUUUACUUAAUAAAUCGUGUCAUGGUCAUGAUAUAUAGCUGGCGCACAUUAAAAGCGAUAUGUUUUAUGCAAAUUGUCAAGAACAGGCACAUGGGUUAUUUACAAAAUGAUAAUAACAAGCGGUCUACAACAAGCUAAGUGAGGCAGAAAAAUCGAACGACAAGUAUGCCUACUCGAAAUAUCUAGGCAAAUUUCCUUAAUCAAGUCAAUCAAUAAUAUUCUCGAAUUUAUAAUGGUCACCUGCCGAUGACAACUAACAAUAAAAGCAGACGAUUUUUCAAGCUAAGAAAGGAUACUGCUACGCUGCACUUAAAAAGGAAGUUGACAUUACUGCUACCCAAUAGAUAAAUAUGACUGUUUAAUAAACAAAAAGCAUUGCAAUUUU